AUGGAGGCGGCGGCCUCAGCUGCUGUUGCGGCCGCCAAGGAGACGGUGUUGGCUGUGGCUGCUGCGGCACCGGCUGCUUCCAAGGAGGCGGCGGUGGCGGCUGCGACUGCGACGGAGGCAGCGGCGACUGCCAAGGAGGCGGCGGCGAAGGCUUCGGCUGCUGCGUUAAACGCGAAGGAAGCAGCGGCCGUGGCGACGGCUGCAGGGGAGGCGGCGGCUGCUGCCGCCGCUAACGUUGCUGCUGCGACGGCGGCACUGCAAGCUUCAAAGAAGCGUAAGUUCCAUCUUGUCAAUGACCAAGAUCCGCCGAGGAGUGGCAACUGCGAUGAUGUUGAUGGGGCGACUGACGAUCUCACUGAUGAUGUUGAUGUGGGGAGCGUCGAUCACAUAAGCCGCGUCCCCGACGCCGUCCUCGGCAGCAUCGUGUCUCUUCUCCCCACCAAGGAAGGUGCCCGCACGCAGGUCAUCUCCCGCCGGUGGCGUCCGCUCCGGCGCUCCGCUCCUCUGAACCUCGCGGUGGAACGUGGACCCAAUAGCAGGGAAUUGAUUACAAAGAUCCUCUCUGAGCAUCCUGGCCCCGCACGCCGCUUCUCGGUCCGCAUCUUCCACAAAACCAUCUGA